AAAGGCAGUUGUUGGCUUCCUAAUAGGACCCAACGCCUUGCAAACAUAUGCGUUAAGCUGUGCCCACAGAUGGCAGGGAGAAUAAUGGAGCAGCCUUUUAUAAAGCGUGAGCAGCCGCCUGUCUUCUCCUCCUCCUCCUCCUCCUCCUCCUCCUCCAGACCGGUGUGAAAUGCAAACUCUCCAGACUCAGGGCCAAGCCUUAGCGCCUGGGCUCGUUUGUUACCGUUUUAAUCCUAUUAAUUAAAACGUUAACCUGAUUGGGUAGCAAGCUCUGUCCCAACAGGCGAGGCUUCUUCAUAAUAACCUUCUCCGCGAGAUAAUGAGGUAAAAGACUUCCCCCGUCUGUGGUGGCGGCAGUUAGCAGCAGCAGCGGUGGCGGCAGCAACAGCAACAGCAACAGCGGGAGUACUAGCAGCCGCCGCUGCCGCCGCCUUCAGCGAGCGAGCGAGAAAAGCGAGCGCUCCGGCUCCCUUUCUUCUUUCUCUCUUUUCUCUCUCUCCCUUGAUGGGUCCGGGAAAUCUCCCCGAGGUGAAUCCGAGCCAGAGAAAAGGUGCCGAGAGCCCGCUGGCAGCUCGCAAUGCCUUAGCCCCGCGCGGGCUGGUGGCGGGAGAGAAGCGCUGAGAGGAAGCGAGGCGGCGAGCGAGACAGACGCUCACUGAGGGGAAGAGAAAGAACGCGCGCCAAAGCGGCCUGCCUCCGAGACGCUGGAAGAGCGGGGAGAAGAAGGUGACAGGGGCAGAACGAGGAGCCGCGCUCUCGGGGAGAGGCGCUCGACCCAGGCAAGCCCCCGACCCGGGGCGUUAAAGGACCAGAGCGGGGGAGGGGGCGCGGGAGAGGGAGGAGUUGGAGGAGGGGAACCCGCCGGUCGGGACUAUGGAGAGGGCGCUAAACCUCCCUUCAGACGAAGACUUAUUCCACAAGAGCUUCAGCGCUUCGGCCAAGAGAAUGGAGUCUGCCUUCCGUUCACCCCCGGGGCUCGACCUGGCCGCCCACCAGCAACAGCAGCGCGACUCGCGGCAAGCGCCGUCCCCUCUCAGCUGCUACGAGCCGGCUGACUCCGAGGUGCUGCUGAGGGAAAGCGCGGCCGGGGCGCUGGUGGCCGGGGACCCGCUGGGCGGCUCGGUCUGCGUCAAAUAUGGGCAGAGCACGACCAGCCGCAGCUCGGUAGCCGAGAGCAGCGGAGGCGAGCAAAGCCCGGACGACGACAGCGACGGGCGCUGCGAGUUACUCCUGCGGGGCCCCGGCGGAGGUAGCGGCUCCGGAGUCGUCGUCAGCUCUGGGGGCGCCCUACUCAAGGCGCCGGAGGGCGGCGCCUGCUCCAAUAGCCACCACGGCGGCGGCGGCGGGGGCAAGAAGUCCAAGGAGCAGAAGGCGCUGCGGCUCAACAUCAACGCCCGCGAGCGGAGGCGCAUGCACGACCUGAACGACGCGCUGGACGAGCUGAGGGCCGUCAUCCCUUACGCCCACAGCCCCUCGGUGCGGAAGCUCUCCAAGAUCGCCACGCUUCUCCUGGCCAAGAACUAUAUCCUGAUGCAGGCGCAGGCCCUCGAUGAGAUGCGCCGCCUUGUCGCUUAUCUCAACCAGGGCCAGGCGAUUUCGGCCGCCUCGCUGCCCUCUUCAGCGGCGGCCGCAGCGGCCGCGGCGGCCGCUUUGCACCCGGCUCUCGGGGCCUAUGAGCAAGCGGCGGCGGGCUACCCUUUCAGUGCCGGCCUGCCUCCCGCCACCUCUUGCCCGGAAAAAUGUGCCAUUUUCAACAGCGUCUCGUCCAGUCUCUGCAAACAGUGCACGGAGAAGCCUUAAAAGAGAGACGAACUUCUGUCCGAUCCCUUCGUCGUCCGUUAAAAGUACUUCCUUGGCCGGACUUUGCUGCAGCCGCCUUUAGGGGGGAUGGUCAUGGGGUUGAUGUGGGGAGUUAAGUGCAACCGAGACCUCAGCGAAGUUUAACACACACGGUCGCGUAUUUUUUUUUUCUCGAGAAGGUGUAGGGGAGGGGGGAGGGUGAAAUGUGAUCCCGGAGAACUCCAGAUUGGGAGAAAAUCUGUAUGCCACAUCGUUUCUUUAAGGCUUCCAACUUUGGGGAACUUUUGCUAUCGGCAACCAAGGUUUGGAAGUUGGCUCGGUUGGGCUUCAGCAAGGGAAACAGGUGGCAGAAAGCAAACUGGAUUGUAAACUCAGACAAAUCAAGAAGGGCACUUAAAAGGGUUUUUUUUAAAUGUUAUUUUAUUUCAUUGCUUCUGAGCCAGAGAACAUGCAAACUUGAAUUGUUUAUUAGAUAUGUGCAAAAAUUGCUCCGAAAUUCCUUGUUUUUAUUAGUUCUGAACUUUUGAGCCUGUGAAAAUGAGCAAAGGUUUGGCAGAGAGUGUUUACUUAAGAUGUAAAAACUGUUCACAUGGCUGAAGUGUUGCAAGUUAUUAUUUUUGAAGAUGUGCACCUUGUUUCUUUUCACUUUGCAAUGCUAUCUGUACCAGAACACAUAUUUAUUUCAGUGAUCUUUUCAUGACAAUAUUCAUCCUGUGUUAAAAGUUACGUGUGCUUUUUACUUUUCAAAUGCUUCUUAAAAAUCUCAUUAACUUAAACUUUGUGCCAAGUGUUUAAAACAUUUGAUUUGCCAAGGAUGUUUGAACCAGAAAUCUUGAUGUAUCCAAACUGCUGAGGUUUAUGAAAGGUCAUCUGGAUUUUUAAGUUGCAUCAUCCCUGUAUUUAUAAAUUGAGCUUUAAUAAAUUGCUUCAGUCCAAAAAUGAGGGGAGAAGUGUUUUCUUAAUUGCUGAAUGAACUGGACUGUGGUGACUAAACAAACUUUUUGCAACAUGCAAAAAAUGGUUUAAUUACUAUCACCAUAAGGCACCAGGCAAUAGUUCUUGCCAAGGAUAUGCCAAAGAAAGCUUUUCCAUGUGGCAGUGUUUGAUUUUUCAGAAUAAAGCUAGAUUUUUUUUUAAAAUGCAGAAGUAAUUUUAGGUGGAAGUAGACAUUUCAGUGUUUAUAAGAAGGGUUACAUUUAUUUUACCUUCAGAAUGAUAGAAAUUUGAAAAGUAAAGGAAUGUUUACCUCAAAAAAUAUAUUUGCAUAUUAAUAUUAUAGAUUUGUUUUCUCAUACAGUUCAAACCUAUUGAAGCUGAAGUGCAUGAAUUUUAAACUGAUUAAUUCAGUUAAAUGAAACCCAAUGUUACUCUUAAUAUAUCAACAUUUAUUUGUAGGUGCUCCACUGAUUCUAGUAUCUGCCCCCCCCCCCCACAACUUUGGUUAAGCAUGCUUGGCAUUGUAGGAUGAAAAAUAACUGUGUGUCAACCAAACAGACUGAUCAGUAACUAGGGUUUUAUUUAAGCAAUUUUGUUUCCAACUGUAAAAGUAAAAGUAAUUCCGAUGAAUUAAACUGGAUGAAACGUUUAAUUUAGAUCUGGGCCUAAAUCUAACUCUCUCUCUGUUUACAUUUAUAAUAUGAUUUGUGGCUAGGACAAAUAGUGGAAUUUAAACUGUUGUUGGACAGAACUGGUUCAUAGAUACUGCUCUUAAUAAGAAUAGUCCCCAAAAACCUUUAUCUUCUCUGCUUCAGCUCUAGAAUCUCUGAGACUUGGUAUUUCCAGCUACUUUCUAUAACCCAAAUUUGGUCUGUCAGCUUUGGGUAGGCAAAACGAAUGCUGUGAAAGCUCCUUGGCAGGUCAUGGACCUAUAAAGGGUGAUCUACAUGAAAAUAGGUCAAGUAAGAGGACGGCAGUGAUGUAUGGUCGGUUGUAUGUAUAUAUCUAUGUCAGAAAAAUAGUUUUUAUUAAAAUAUUUUGAACAAA